AUGGCCGUGAUCCUGGGCGCCUACGCUGGUCUCUUCUUCAACAUCAUGGUGACCCGGAAGUCGACGCCUCUCUCGGGGGGAGAGUCCAAGUUCGCUCUCCGCUUCUUCUUCAUCGUCAUCACCAACUGCGUGUGCUGGCUCCCGAUUGCGUGCGUCAAGGCGGCUGCACUGGCUAACAUCGAGGUCCAUUCUGGAGUGUACGCCUGGCUCGUGGUCCUCGUCCUGCCCAUCAACUCGGCCAUAAACCCGAUUCUGUACACUUUCUCGACGUCGAAGUUCCAGAGUCAGCUGUCGGCCGUGCUCGUCGUCUGCCGCUCAGCCCGUAACAGGCAAGAUUCGGCAACAGACACGGACGUCCUUCGGUACUCCUCGAGCCGCAGCUGGGGUAGCGCGGCGCAGUACAUCGUCAGCCACGCCCACCUGCCCCCGCUGCACCCCCACAACGGCUCGCAGAACGGCCCCGUGACCCUUCCUCGCGAGAAGGCGGACCACCGCGCUUCCGUUAAAGGGUUUUGCAAGAAGAGGUCGAUAGGCGACAGCAGCUACGUUCUCAAGGACCCUCCGGCCAAAGACGCCCCCUCCUCCAACGGAAAAGUGUCUCCCGAGAAGGACUUGAGCCCUGGCCAGUACCUCACUCUCAGCGCGAAGGUGAGGCAGGUGAGGCCCUCGUCUGCGGCAAAGAAGGCCGGCGACAUCAGCACAAGUCCCGGCUCUAGGGGUCGCCUGCCCCUCUUAAAGUUAGAACUUGGAGGGGGGCCAACUGCCCCAAGUCCCGAGGCCGACCGCCGAGACGCGAAGGGCGAACACACCUCGUCAGAUGGACAAGAAUACCAGGAUCCUCGUCUCGCGGCCCACCUCCUCAGCCACGAAAACCCACAACCCAAGGAACUUACCUCGCCCUCGAAGUCUCAUAACGUCGAUGCAACACCCAUUUACAUCGGCUAUUGCCCCACCUCGCCCUCAGAUAACCAAACCGCCGACGUCCUGCGUUUAAAUGUGACACUUUCCUACACCUCGGACUCCACGAAGUCUCCGCAUUGCACGGGUCCUUCGGGAGUCAGACGCAACUCGGACUCGAAGUAUUCCCUUCCACCGUCAAGUAUCAAGACUUCGAGUGCCACCCGCACAGAGCCAGGGACUGAUUAAACACCAUGUCAUUCUCCUCUACCUACUGUGACGUCACUCGCGCCCCUUCCAAGGCUCGAACAUUUCUUCUUUAGUUUCCGCGUCCUGUGAUUGGCUUUCAGACACGCUUUGUAAAGUGGUUGUGUUCGCCCUCUCCAGCUUAUGGAUUUCUGUUGAUGUAUGUAUUUAUGUGUAUGCGUUUAAGUAUGUUUUAUGUUUAUGUGAAAUCCUUGUUGAGCGAGGCUGGA